AUGUUGCCACCAAUUCCCGUCCUUGCUGACUACGACAUCUCGCCCACUCAUGGCUUUCUGCCGGGCACACUCCCCCUCUCACGCCUCCCAGAUCCUUACUACAACAAAUGGGAGGCCAUCGCGGCCAACCUGCCGGCCCUGAUCCUUAGUCGCCGGCUGCGCGGCGUCAUUGACCGCCUGCCGGUGCUGUCGACCGUGGGCCUGGAGCACGAUGCCGAGUGGCGUCGGGCGUAUUCGCUGCUGAGCUUCAUGGCCCACGGCUACAUCUGGAGCGAUGAUGUUCCCGCCGAGCGUCUGCCGCCGCAGAUCUCGAUUCCGUAUCUGGCAAUCUCGGAGCACCUCGAGGUCCCGCCGGUGGCGACGUAUGCGGCGGUCUGUCUGUGGAACUACAAGCCGCUGUUCAUGGACGAGGACAUUGACAGCAUGGAGAACCUGGCCACGCUGUCUACCUUUACCGGAGGAAUCGACGAGUCGUGGUUCUACCUCAUCUCGGUCGCCAUUGAGGCUCGUGGCGCGCCCGUCAUGUCCCUCAUGCUCAAGGCCUUUGCGGCGGCAAGACGCAGUGACUCGGCAGCGGUGACACGGUAUCUGCAAACCUUUGCCGAGAUCUUGACUGAUCUGAGCAUCAUGCUGGAGAGAAUCAACGAGAGAUGCGACCCCGACAUCUUCUUCAACCGCAUCAGGCCGUUCCUCGCGGGAAGCAAGAACAUGGCCGACGCCGGACUGCCAAAGGGCGUUCUCUACGACGACGGCACGCCCAACGCAGCGUAUCGCCAGUACGCCGGGGGAAGCAACGCCCAGAGCAGCUUGCUCCAGUUCUACGACAUUGCCCUGGGAAUCCAGCACCGUCCGACGGGCGAGAAGAAGGGCGACCCGUCUGAGCGCCGAGGCCGGGCCCCGACUCACGGCUUCAUCCAGGAAAUGCGCCAGUACAUGCCCGGCCCGCAUGCCCAGUUCCUCGAAGACGUCUACCACGUGGCCAACAUCCGCGAGUACGUCGAGGAGCACACCGACGACACGGAGCUCUGCCUCGCCUACGACGCCUGCCUGGCCAUGCUGAGCGCGUUCCGGGACAAGCACAUCAUCAUCGUCACGCGCUACGUCAUCACGCCGUCUCGCCGGUCGCGCAGUCCCCGGGCAGCUCGCAAGGGACUCAACCUGGCGAUUGCCUCGCGCAAGGCAGAUCAGAAGGACCAAAAGGGCACCGGCGGCACGGCGCUGAUUCCCUUUUUGAAGCAGGCCCGCGACGAGACAGGCGAGCCGGCCGUGGGCGAGUGGACGCAGCGGUUCCUGAGCCGGGAGGGUAAGAAGGCCGGCAGCGGAGACUUCUUCUUGGGCAAGACGGCGGACGCGACGCUGCCGGAGACGGAGGACGUUGAGGUCAAGGGGCUUGCUGGGACUUGGACGAUGGAGGAUGAAGUUGGCGGGAUUUGCCUUUACUGA